AUGUUCUAUUUUUCUUCUGACGAGGGACAGACGGGCGAGGUUUCACCAGCCUAUGAGGUGCCACUGGGGCUGCUUCCCAGCGCUGCGCUCUGCCCACCCUGCUGCCAGCAGCCCCAGCCUGCUGAGCCAGGGCGGGCAAAGGUGGCGGCAGCACGGGAGAGCACUGGAGCACUGAAAGCCUGGUUGGCUCGGCACCCCAGGAACCCCUACCCCAGCAAGGGGGAGAAGGUGAUGCUGGCUGUGGUCAGCAGGAUGAGCCUCACCCAGGUCUCCACCUGGUUUGCCAACGCCCGCCGGCGCCUCAAGAAGGAGAACAAGGCACGAUGGGCACCGCGCGGAGCCUCGGAUGGCGAGGACAGCGAGGGUGAGGGGGCCUCGAUGACUGUCCCCAUCAGCACCAGCUCCAGCCCCAGCCCUGGGCAGGAUGGGUCUGGGAACAGCCCUGAGGGGGAUCCAGGGCCUGGACAGGGCGAGCAGCUCCAGAAACCCAAGAUCUGGAGUGUGGUGGCAAUGCUGGCUUCUCCCUCCAGUGACAGUGGUUACUCCCCGGGGGUGCUGGCAGUGCCAGAAGAAGGGUAG